AUGGCCGACGGGGAGCCGCGGCUGCCGGAGAGCGGGGAGGCGGCCGGAGAGGAGACGCAGAGCGGGGAGCACGGUCGGGCGGGGGCCGUGGGCGGUGCUGGUGUGAAGGAGCGCGCAGAGGAGCCCAAGUCAGGUCUGCCCGAGGAUGAUGAUGAUACCUGUAGUGAUUAUGGGAGUCGUGACAAACCAGGGACCACUUUAGGAAGGAUUGUGCCAGAUGGGAAUGUGCUUUUCCCAGAUAUUUUCCAAACCGAUCAUCUUUUGUUUUAUGAGCGAUUUAAAGCUUACCAGGAUUACAUUUUGGCUGACUGCAAAGCUUCAGAGGUGAAAGAAUUCACAGCUGAGUACCUGGAGAAGGUCCUUGAACCAUCAGGAUGGCAGGCAAUCUGGCGCACUAAUGUGUUUGAGGUCCUGGUUGAGGUUGUUGACAUGGAGUACUCGUCUCUGAAAGCAGUUGUGCAACUUGGUGAGCCUUUCCUGUGCGAGUCACAGGUUAGCACCUUUACUUUGGAGUGCAUGCAGGAACUCUUGGAGCUGAAGGAGCAUCAGAUACCACUACAGGAGCUGUGGGUUGUGUAUGAUGAGUCGGGAGAGUUUGAUCAGACAGCGCUAGCAAUAGAGCAUGUCAGGUUCUUCUACAAGUGCAUCUGGAGGACUUGGGACGAGGAGGAGGAGGAUGAUUUUGAUUACUUUGUGCGAUGUGUUGAACCUCGACUGAGAUUGCAUUAUGACAUCCUUGAGCAUCGUGUACCUUCUGGACUUGUUGCUGAUUACCAGAACUUGUUGUCUCAGUGUGAGGAACUCUAUAGGAAGUUUUUGAACGUGAGAAGCAGCAUAUCAAGCAGUGAUUCAGACUCUGAAGUAGAAAACAUUUCCAUGGUGGAAGGACUAAAGCUGUAUGAGAAGAUAGAGCAUUUAAAACAAAAGCUAAAACUAAUCGAGAAUCCUCUUCUGAGGUAUGUGUUUGGUUACCAAAAAUACAGUGGUCUUCAAGCUAAAGGACUGAGACCAACGGGUACCAAGAUCACUCAUGUUGUAUCCUCAACCAUGAUGGCAAGUCUGUUACAGUCACUGAUAAGGGACAAACUUUGUCCUGAAUCUUAUGGUGAAGAAUUGGAAAUACAGUUUCACAAUGAUCCACUGGCAGCUGUAAAUGCUUGCUAUGAAGGAGACACUGUCAUCAUCUGUCCUGGUCGCUAUGUUGUAGAUGGCGUGUUCUGCAUUGCUGAUUCGAUUGAGCUAGAAGGCUAUGGUCUGCCAGACGAUAUUGUGAUAGAGAAGCGAGGGAAAGGAGACAACUUCGUUGACUGUACAGGAGCCAAUAUAAAGAUCUCCAGUUUGAAGCUAGUGCAACAUGAUGCUGUGGAAGGGAUUUUAAAUGUUCACCAUGGGAAAACCACGUUGGAGAAUUGUGUAUUACAGUGUGAGACUACAGGCAUAACAGUACGAACAUCAGCUGAGCUAUUAAUGAAAAACUCGGAUCUGUAUGGUGCUAAGGGUGCUGGUGUGGAAAUUUAUCCAGGUAGUACGUGCACCCUGUUAGACAAUGGCAUACACCACUGCAAGGAAGGAAUCCUUAUAAAGAACUUCUUAGAUGAGAAUUAUGACAUCCCCAAGAUAACCAUGCUCAAUAACAUGAUUCAUAAUAAUGAAGGCUAUGGAGUGGUCCUGGUUAAACCAACAAUUCCAUCUGAUGUAAAGGAUGUUUCAGCAGAGAAAAGGGAAGGGAAUACACAGCCUCACCCAGGCAGUGAGAGAGCCUGUGUAGAGGGCUUCAGACAUGAAGAACUACCUGAAUGUGUAACUGAUGAACUGGAGCUUUAUGAGCAAGCUGAGAUUUCUGAGCAAACUGAAAGCAAUUAUGAAAUUGCAAAUGAACUUGGUGCUACUUCUGUAAAGAAGAGCCAGAUGCGCAAGAAAAGGCUGAGUGAACUGGGAAUCACAGAAGCUGAUGACAACUUAAUGUCACAGGAAAUGUUUGUUUCUAUUGUGGGCAAUCAGUUCAAAUGGAAUGGGAAAGGGAGUUUCGGUACUUUCCUUUUCUGAUCAUCGUGACUUUUAAUGGCAUUGCAGUAAAACAUUUGCACGAGCUAUUAAUUUCACUACUGCUUCCCAAGAAGUUAGCCUGUUUCAUCUACCUUCCAUUAUGUUACUAAAAUGUGAUAAAUAUUUAUUAACAGUAUAUAUAUUGCAUGUGGAAAUUUUUCUUCCUUGCUGCAAAUACAAAC